UUGCUGGCCUGCAUUGACGCAGCCUCGAGGGGAGGCCCGGGAGGGGGGCGCCCAUGGAUCCAGCGGACACGCCAGCUGGCCGAAUCCAUGGUCUCAUUGCUGGGGAAUGAAAAACAAGAGUGGAUGCUCUGAUGCUCUGAUGCUCUGGGGAGGGGGGCUGCCUUGGAAAUCAAGCAUCCUGACAUACCAUCCCCGGACAUUCGAGUGACUUGUCGGCCAAGCCAGACAUGGGCCCAUGGCCAUGUUCAUCUCCAGAUCCUCGCCCACCAGUCGCUUGUCUCGAUCCCUCCCAGCCCCCCCCCCUAGGUCCGUGUUUUUUCUUGCGGACCCCCCCUUCUUGGAAUGUUGACUACGCGUGACUGUGGUUUAAAUGUGCCUGUUCCUCUCAUCUGCCCACGGCUCGAGCUCCCCUUUCUUGUUCCCACUGCCUGUUUAUAAUUGCGUCGGAUUCAUCUUCACUCGCUCAAAGUUGAACCUUGCUCAGAAACUAUACUUGUAUUCUUCUCGACAGUCGCUCCUACUCGGAACUUUUACACGCCUUUUAAUAUAAUCACAUUUGUUGACUAAACCACACAAAAUGCGUUUCACCAGCAUCAUCGUCGCCGGCGCUCUCGCCAUGUUCGCCUGUGCCCAGGACACCACCGGCACCACUUCUUCCACGGCCACUGCCGCCACCACCGAUGCCGCCCAGGCCUCUACGCUUGCUUGUCUCGAUGCCUGUGAUGCCGGUGACGUGAACUGCAGGGCCGUCUGUCUUGGUGUCCCCCACCCUGACGCCGGCCAGGUCAACGCCACCACUGAGUGUGCUGCCAAGUGCGAUCAGGGAGACGGCUCCAAGUCUGACACGGACGCCUAUGGCGCCUGUGUCGACGACUGCAUCGCCAACAACUUCUACACCUCUGGCGGCACCCCUCAGGCCACUGCCGGCUCGGGCUCUUCUGGAUCGACCGCCUCUGGCUCUUCUGCCUCUGCGACCUCCACCUCGGACUCUUCUGACGAUUCAUCCUCCUCUACCUCUGGCUCCGGAUCAAGCGGCACCAGCUCCUCGUCAUCCGAGUCCGCCACCGCCUCGGGCUCGGCUGCUGACUCCAUCAAGGUUGGCAUGACCGGCCUGGGCCUCCUGGGCUUCAUCGCCGCUGCUGUGGCCUUGUAAGGUGGCGCCAAGCUGACGUUGCCGCACCUAAAGUGUGCUGGCCGGGGUGAGAUGUUAUUUUCUUUGGGCUUGACGAAUUAAUAAUGCAUAUGAAUCGGGCUUUAUGGCAGGAUAAUGAGGCACGGAAUACCGUUGGCAUGUCACGUCGUAAUUAGGCAGCAAGAGAUAUGUAGGGACAAGAUACCCCAUCCAAACACACGCUGCAGCUACUGAGCUCGCUUGCUCCUGG